AGCAAGAUUAGAAAGCAUUUCCGUUCACCGUUUACCGUUUACUGUUUUUGAGAAACCGAAAUCCAUACUGAUACAUCUUUCCUAGAACAACCCCCAGAUAAAAGCAAAACAACUAUACCAUGGAUGGACUACAGACUUUGCAACAGGAGAGCAGCGUUUCUCAAAUGUUCAACCAAACCGGUAAGCACACUUACCACACCUUCCAAACCAACGAACUCCUAAGCACGUACAGCAUCAAAGACCUCAACCGCCUGGUCCAUGGCCCCAAUAUCCACGCGAUAAACUGGACCCCGGCAGUAACAAACGUCCACACAGGCGCUACGACCACAGUCCGCCAUCACUGCAGCCAAGGCUCCCACGGGUGGUACCGCUGCGGCCUGCAGCAAAUGGUCAUGUCGACCGCAUGUAAAAAACAUCGGGAUGAUGAGAUGCGGAAAGUAUUCGACAAGCUGCGAAAGGGCUAUCCUGUAUAUGGGUGGGAGCUAAACAGACCAGACAGGGAGGAAUCAAAUGUAUGCUCCGAGACGAAGAUGGAAGCCAUUGUAGAGGCGUCUAAGGCGGAAGAGGAAGAGCUCGAGAAGCAGAUUGAGGAGAGGGGGGAGGUAGAUGAAAGUGUUUUUGUGUAUGCACAGAUGAAGAAACGAGAAGAGGCGCAGAUGAAGGAAAGAAUGUGGCAGAGGAAGGAUGAGAAAGAGAGGGCAAGGCUUGGGAAGCAAGGAAUUUCGGAGCGGGAACAAUAACUUGAGGUGUUCCUGAACAAGUAGGUAUGAAAUCCCGCGCCAGUCGCACCUCCAUUUCCCGCAAGGUGAGUGAUAGUUCUUAUGGCGAACGAAAUACUCUGCUACCCUUUUGGUAAGAGAAUUUCGUAGGAACUGAUAAUAUGGUAUAUAUGAGAGUGGUCGGGGCGAGAAUGUGUAGCCUCUGCUUUGUCCCAAGAACUAGAAACGGG